UAUAAUCAGCAAGUUGGAUUAUACGAGUCAAAUAAAAUUCAAUCCUGCUAUCUGAACAACAUUCAAUCGAAUUUUGAACCUCGUCUCCGCCACUUUGUGAAUCGAGCUCUGAAUGUCACAGACGAUGCAACAAUCUUGGCAGCUGGAUUGGACGAACAAGGUGCAACGGCUGAGGAAAUUGAUGCGGCUGUUCGUGAACAAAUAAUUGUCCCAGCUAGGCAAUUCAAAGUAGCCAUCGCCUGGCAUCCAAGUCGACGCAAUGAUAUGGUAUUACGUCAAUCUUUUCCUCAAGCUUUCGACCGAGUUGUGGAAAUCUUGAACUUGAUCCAGCCGACUCCUGUUGAAAAUUUUCACAAUAACCAUUAUGAACAUGUGUUAUACGAACCUGCUAAAUACAUCACUGCAUUUUACCGGAUGGCAAACUUGUUCCACGAAUUUGGAUACACUGAAUUCAAUUGGUAUCCUCUCCGUAGGUCGUGGGUGCCUUCAUUUCUUCAGAUAGACACCAAAAUACUGUAUACAAAAAUACUCGGAAGGACCUAUAACAACCGUAGCCCGCCAAUUACGCCAGCAUUCAAAGUCGCAGUUUGGAGUGAGGUUGUUGAUUUUGGCCGCAAUUGCUGGAAACCUCAGAACGGUAAUGAUGAAGAACAUGUUUUCCUAUUCCGUGGGACUGUAUAUACGGACGGUGUCAGUUUGGUUAUAGCGAAGCAGAACAAGAACACAACGGCAACGGGACUUCGGCAACAAUAUCAGCCUUUGACUCGAACGACGCAAUAUAUCGACGAAUUGGGAGCAGAGCAACACCAAGAAAUAGCGGAUCGUUGUGUAUUAAUUGACGUUGGUAGACGUGACCUGCUAUUCUGUCUUCAUGAAUCUUCUACAGUAGAUGAACCAUCAACUUACCGAUAUACAUCAAAUCAGAGGAGAAAUGAAACUAAAAGCAGACGGUUUGCGAAAAUCAUGCUGGAACAUAAGCCUGAAGAAGUGCAACAUGCGGAGCUCGUGCUUUCCCAAGUGAAUUCCAAAUCUCUGAAUGUCGACACCUUUACCACAUUCUUGCAAAGGAGAUCUGAAGUUUGGCAAACGUUACACGGGUUCUAUGCCAUGGAAAUGAUUCAUCACGGCAACCAGCAGACACCGUUAUUUCGAAAGCUUAGGUUAUCGGCGUAUACUCGGGGUCAGCAAUCUGAUCAGCGUUUGGUACACUCUCUAAGGGAUGCGUUUGGUGACAACUGUGUUCUUAUCAUUGGUGACUGGUCUGCACCCCAUCAACGACAUCAUGAACCUAUGCGAGGUGUUGGAAUGCGACGAAUGCUUGCUAGGCACGGUUUUGAGGUCUACCUAAUUGAUGAAUUUCGAACAAUCAAAAUUUGUCCAUCCUGCUCUCAGUACUCAUUAGAACAUUUUGGCUUUGUCCCGAAUCCACGUCCAUUCAGAACAGGAGAUGUCCGCCGGUGGGGAUUGCUGAGAUGCACAUCUCAAGAAUGCAUGAAUCAAAUGGCGCUGCAAGGUUUCCAUGGCAGAUAUCGCCAGUGGAACAGAGACUUAAUGGCGUGUCUAAAUAUGAGGACCAUCCUUCUGCACCACAGAGAAGGUCACGGAAGACCGGAGCCUUUCGUUCGUGGACAAAUACCC